AUGGGAAGAACGAAAUACAGAAAAAUCGGUUCUAAGUUUCUAUGUAAGUGAAAGAUAUAGUUUAUUUUUCCAUGGAAACAGUUUCAGAUCGUCGGGACUUCGAAGAUGAUGAAACGAACGUCGCAAACAAUAACCAAUCUUCAGAAAUCGACAAUUUUCAUAAUGAACCAUCGACAUCUGAUGAGGAGGAGGAUAUUUUUCAAUUGAAUGACGCUGAAGAAGCUUCGAAACAUGCUCAAGAAGGUUUGAGAGAUGAUGAACAAGUUUUGAGUGAUGAUUCUGAAGAAGGUUGCGGUGAAUUUGAUGGUUAUAGUGUGUCUGAUUCGGAUGAUGAUUCGGAAGUUCGUUCCAAUUCAAGUGAUGAAGUUUGUGUUGAAUUGGUUGAACAUCAAUCAACGAGUCAUGAUGAUGAUGAACAUCGGAUGGAAUUGCAUGGUUCAACGUUAUCAAAAACAUUUCGAAAUCUAUCUGAAACGCAUUUCAUUGAAAUGGCGUCGUCACUUAUUUCUAGGGAUUGUAAAGCAGGUGAAAAAUUCUGACAAAAGCUUGUGAAAAGUUUGAAUUUGCAGAUUUGGUUCGGAGAACAGCAAAUAUUGAUAAAACAACAAGAAAAACCUUAUUUUCAAUACACGAAGAAGCUUCAAAAAAUUUCGAGGAAAUCUAUAUUUGCAACAAAUGCUUGAAAAAAUGGAAAAGCGCAAACAAAUGGUAAGAAAUUCAUCUGAAACUCAUGUAUUUUUUGUUUUCCAGUUGUGAUGUUGGAAUUGUUCGUUAUACACGAGUGCCUAUUGAAAACCAAUUGAAAGAUAUCGUAAAUUAUAAUUAUAAGGAACUGCUGGAUGUAAGAGAACGAGUGAAAAAUGGACGUUUGCCGAAGCACAACUGCAACGGCGAAAAAUUCAAAGAAAAUAUUGAUAAUUCCGACGCGAACAAUUUUAAGAUGUCUUUGGUUUCAUCGCUUGAUGGUGUUGAAAUCAAUGGACACACAAGGUCAGAAUAUAAGAAAAGUAUAGAAUCAGCAAAAUUGGGUUUUGUGAGAAUAUUAGAGAAAUACAAUUUCAAAUUUCAGUACACACAUCUGGCCAGUCACAGCAAUAUUUCCUGACCUCCCCACGGACGCUGUCUCAUUGAUUACAAAUAUUUUAUUGAUUGCAAUAUUGGAAUCUUCAGUUGUAAUCUCUACACCUGUGUGGAGUUUGGUUUUCGAAUAUUUUAUGGCGGAUUUAUCAAAUUAUUCGGUUGAUAUAACCAAUACUCAUUUUACAUUUCAUCUCGUUUCUUUGGUAGCAGAUCAACCCGUCAGUUCAAUUUUGGGGGAAGGUUUUUUAACUGGGAAAUCAGUAUAAUCUCCUGAAAUUAAAAAUAUCAUCUAACUUCCCUUCGUCGAGAUAAUCCCGAUUUAAAAAAUGAGGAAAAAAAAAUGAAUGUGAAAAAUUGGAAUGUUUUUUGUUCUGGAGAGAAACAAAAACAUUGUUCAAGAAACUUGAAAUUACCAAUUUUUGCAAAAAAUGAAACGUGAAAAACGUGUUUGAAAUGUGUCAAGACCAUUUUUCUAAAGCCAAUCAUUGUUUUUUAUUCAGGCAAAACGCGGGUUGUAUGGAUUUGUUGGUCAUUCUUCAGCCUACAGCUGCCUACACUGUUUAUCGCCUGGUAAAAUGUACAAGUUGAAAGGACUCGGUAAGACAGUGUGAUUCAUGAAUUAUUUCAUGUGUGUGUGUGUGUCUGAACAGAUGGGAUGUGUGUUUCUUCAAAAACAUCUCUUUACAGACAGGGAAACCAAUCGAGGCGCCGGAAAAACAUUGGAAGAUUCGCUGAAGGGUUUUUAUGGAUAUGUUAAAUUGGUUGUGUCGAUUAUCACCAAAUUUGUCAGACCAUAUGAUUCGAUUGUUGAUAUUUUCCACGGAACCGCUGAAGGAAUAUUGUAUACAAUUUUGAUAGGUAAAGAGAAAAACUUUGAUAGAAAAUUGAUUAUCAUUUUGCAGAAAGCGAUCCAGAUUUUGCUAAAAGAAAAACCGAUUUAUUUCAAUGCAAUCAAUCAACACUCUACGAAAUUGAGAAGAAAGCAUAUGUGCCCGAAAGUUUUCGCACAAAUCGGAACCGUAAGAAGUUUCGGAACGGAACAUCGAAAUCGAAUGUGAGACCAAAAGAUUGGAAAAAAUUUUUGAUCUUUUUACAUUUCAGUUUUUUCGAACAUCUUACUUAAUUAUGGCUAUUAUCAGUGAUGAUAUGAAUCCGGUUGGCCGAUUUAUCACAAUUGCCUUAGGUUUGCUAGUCAACAACAUGCAUAGCAACACAGAUAUUGAUUUCGCUACAAUUUCUACGCUUUGCUCAUCUUUGAAUAUUCUGAUAAACUCGGAAUAUCAUUUUUAUAGUGCUAUCAAGUUUCAUGUAAGAAUUUCACUAAAUAGGACUUUUAUUCAUUACUUUUAUAGGAGCUUAUCCAACAUCUUCCUCGGAACAUUCAAAAGUUCGGAAAUGUGGCGACACUAUCCACUGCGCUAUUUGAGACAUCGUACAAAGUCAUUUUUGGAGAUUACCACACGAGCGUAUCGACGAAGUUUGCUGAAUUUGCGAGCAGCAGGUGAGCAUUGCUAAAAUGAGAGAAAAAUUAUUUGAAACAUUUAUUAGAAACUUAUGGCAUUUGUAAUUUUGAACAUUAUUUCAGAUUCAUCGCGAAUAUGUGCAUGAGAAGAGAAUUCAGAAGACGGUGGACAAAAGGUGAAUACUCGGAUGCGACACUUAUUUUCGCUUCUGUCACCAAACAUAUUUUGCCGACAUCGGUCGAAGCUUCUAAACCGCUGAGAAACCUCAAACUAGAAGAUCAAAAACAUGCUGAAGGUUACGAUUUUUAUGGCAUCUUAAAAUGUUCAUUGGGAAAAUUCGUUUCAUCAUAUAUCAAUGUCAACACCACCAAUACUUUGAUGUUUUAUUAUGAUGGGCUUCAGUAUAACGCCGGCCGAUUCAUAGCUGUUUGUGUGUCUACAACCAAAAAUUUAGUCCUGAUCGAGAAGUUCGAAGACCUGAAAUUCGAUGAGAAAUAUCGAUCACUGAAUUUGGCUAUGUUGAACGUUCCCAAUGUUUAUAAAACUGCGUGUGGAGAUAUUUUGAAUAAGAUUCAAAAUUCUGCUUGUAUCAGACAAGCAAAAUUAUCCGGAAAACGUGAACUCAUUGAACUAAAAUCGAUCAUUGGAUGCGGAUGUUAUGUAAAAGUUAAUGAUUAUUACAUUUUACUCCAAUUGAAUGGCGCAUUUGUACACGCGUAACUUUUCCCCAGAAAAAGUUUUUUGUUAGUUCUGAAUAAUUUUUGUUAGUUCUGAAUAAUUUUUGUUAGUUCUGAAUAAAACAUAUUUUUCUUCGAACGUUUCUUUAAAAUAUUCAGAGUUAUUAUUACUCAUUGUUAUAUCUUUUUGCUUUUACAUUCACAAUACGAUUAUUUGAAGAUGGAUUUUGAUGACCUGGCUGAACUAUUCAACUUAGUAAGUUCCUAAAAAAACAUUCAAAUUCAAUAUAACAUACAUUUUCAGAAAGCAGAUUCGCCACGAAGUGUGAGAAUCGACGAAGAGAGGUCUGGCACUCGAGAGGUAGGGAAAAUGCCACGCUUUUUUGAAACAAGGAAAAUUUGCAAAUUUGAAGAGAAACAGAGAAAAAAGACAAAUCGAACUGAAAAAUUUUUUCGCGCUGCAAUACCAGUCGAAAAUUUAUUCAUUUUCAAUUUUUUUUCAUUUUUUCGGCUGGUUCUCUCGCCUUUUUCUGCUUGUCGCGCCUAAAAAUAGAUCAAAAAUACGGGAUUCGAGAAGAAAAACCGUAAGAAAAAGUUUAAAAAAAUGGAAAAUGAAUAAAUUUUUGACUGGUAUUGCAGCGCGAAAAAAUUUUGCAGUUCGAUUUAUCUUUUUCUCUAUUUCUCUUCAAAUUUGCAAUUUAAAAAGGCGUGAUGUGUUCAUGAACAUUUUGAAAAAGGUUCACUUCACCCAAAAACUUUAAUUUUCCGUUUUCUGUCAUUAUGAGCUAAAAUGUGCAAUAUUAUAAAUUGUUCAGGUAUUCACUACCCCGAAUCGCUCAGCAAUUCGCGACCGAAAAAUUAUAAUUAAAGAGGAAAACGAAAAACAUCAAGACAAUGUUCCAAUCAAGGAAAGUGGCGGAGCAUCUCGAAAAACACCCAAGAGACGUGCAAAAAUUCUCGUAAGCCUUUUUCCCUGGGGUCGUUUUCAAUUUUCAAUAACCCCCAAAACUAGAAAAAUUAUAUGAAUUCAUAGAAAAAACUGACACAAUAAUAUUUUUUAGAAGCCGCCGGAGCAACCAAAAAAGACAAUGCUGACAAGAAAUCAGAGAAAAAAGAUGGGAAUUGCGAAUGAGGAAGAUGGAGAUGAUAAUGAACAGAUUCAAAUUCAAGAAAACGAGGAGAAAGAUUUAUCAGAUUCUUCUUCUUCUUCGGCGGAAAGUUCGGGGGAUGAAUGGGUAAGUUGCAUUGUCUGAAAAUCAAAAUUUCAUGAAAACAAACCAGAAAUUUCAGAAUUAUCCGAAAAAAUUCAAAAUGUGCCAGGAUGAUGAAGAUGAAGAGUCUAAAAAAGCGAGCCCAAAAAUCGACGCAAUUACCAAGCCCACGAAUUUCGCGGAACAUCCAGAAAUAUUGAAGGAACCGCCGGAAACGAUGCCAACAUUAGAACUAUCAAGAAAGUCUACAAAAUUGAAUCCGAGGCCAAAAAUCGACGCAAUUAUCAAGCCCACGAAUUUCGCGGAACAUCCAGAAAUAUUGAUGGACCCGCCGGAAACGAUGCCAACAUUUGAAUUAUCAAGAAAGUCUACAAAAUUGAAUUCGAGGCCAAAAAUCGACGCAAUUAUCAAGCCCACGAAUUUCGCGGAACAUCCAGAAAUAUUGAAGGAGCCGCCGGGAAUGAUGGCAAAAUUUGAACUAUCAAGAAAGUCUACAAAAAUUGAACAAUUAGAGCAACACGCUGGAGCUGUUUCAGACAAAAAUGUGGCAACAUCUUCGGGUUCCAAGGUUUGAUUUAAUGAAAAUCAGGUUUUUUUGCGCAAAUCGCAAAUAACUGUUCAAAUAUGAAUGACGCUUGGAAUUAUUUUAAAAAAAAGCUAAUUAGUAGGCUGGCAAAAAUGAAGCAUUCGGGCAAAUUUUAUAUAAUGUACAUUUUUACAAUAUUAACCGAAUACACUAUUUCAUUUUUUGCAGGCCUACUAAUUAGUUAUAAAAUAUCCAAGAAAAUCAAAUGCUGUAAACAUACCACGCCCAUCUUCGUGCAAAUUAACUUUAAAAAUUUUGAAAUUUUUUGGCUUUUUCGACUGAAAAAUACCACUUUUGAACGGAAUUUUUUAUACCCUAUUUAUCAGAACAAAUCUUAAGUAAUUAAUAGCAAAGUAUAAAAUAAAAUGAAGACAUUAACAUUCCAGACUGAUCCAACAAUUCUCGAUUUACAAAUACUGGAUUCUGAACCGAAUGAAAAUUUGCCGAAAAUGAGCCAACGGAGAAAAAUUGAUGCAUUUGUUUGUUCACAAAAAUUAUUUUGUGAUCCGAAAACGAAAAAAUUGUUGUCAAAAGAAGUGAGACAGGUUAGAUGAUUUUAUUCAGUUAAGAUUGAUUCAAUGGUCAAUUUUAUGCUUCAUUACUCAAAAAAAUUCCAGAUGAAGUUUGAGGAUUUCAUUAAAAAAAAUCCUUUGCGAAUCGAUUAUGCCAAAAUCGAAGAUGAAGCUGAAUAUGCACCAUGCGAUUUCACCAAAAAUUUAUGUUUAGCAAUUGGGUUAAUUGGGAGAGUGGUAAGUAUAAAUAUUAUCGUUAGAAAAAUUGUAUUUAGGAAAACGAGAGAAAAAAUUUCAGGAAAACGAGAGAGAGAGGCGAAGAAAAGUUCGAUCUGAACCAAUCCAAAAUGCACAAGAAAUAUUGGUAAACUUAAGAUUAAUCCAAAUUCAAAAAAAAUUAAUUUCUUUCAGAAUCCGAUUUCAUUCAAUAGCUCAUAUUUGAAUGGUAAUUUCAAGGUUUAUACACCCCGUGGAUUCGAAAUUGACGCUGCGGCUCCAUUUGACAAUUUUUCGUGAAAAACGUUCAAAGUGCAGAUAUUGAUGAAUUGAGCCAGAAAUAUUUUGAACAUUUCAUGAAAUUGUUCAGAAAAGAUGUUUAUUAUUUUCUUUAUGCACUCCCAACCGACUCCGACAACACAACUUAUGUGCCAUUGUCUACUGAUUUCAUUGACAAACCUGUCUGUGAGUUUUCUUUCUUCUUUCUUGUAAUUCUUCUUUCACAAAUUAUCCGAGUCCCCCUAUAAUCAUUUUGAAAACCUGAUAAAAUUUUUAAGGGUUAGAUUUUUCUGUGAAAAAUCGGCCUUAUUUAAAAAAUACACCAAUGAAAUAAACUUAUUUUUUUUUCAAAAAAUAUUCUCCAUUGCCAGUUUGAGAAGAAAAUUCCACGACAUCAGCAAUUCUAUUACCAAAAUCUAUAUUUUUACAGCUGCUAUCAUGAUCGCUCUUAAUCUCAAGGAUCAAAAAUUCGAAAUGUACAAAAGCCGAAUCACCACAAAAUUUACCGAAAAGAUUAGAAAUUGCUUGUUAGUUUUUUAUUAUUCACUACUGCAAAACGUUUACAUUUUUUUCAGAAUCAAUGGUCGAUCCAGAACCGACAAAAAUAUAGAUAUACCACUGUUGCUACAAAACUUCAAAGAUGUUCUCCAGAAGCGAGAAGGUCGACAAGUUCAAGCUCAAGAAGUUCAAGCUCUACAAUUUCAAGCUGAAGAAGAUCAAGCUCGAAACGUUUAA